GAAGCAGAUAGUGCUGAAGAAAUUGCCGAGUGUGACGUUGACUCCGACGCUGAUUCUUCUAGCUCUGAAAGCGCUGACCAGAAGUCAGGCACGUCUGGCAGCAGUUCGGUGGCUCGGAAACGUACUAUAGCCGAGAUCGAAGAGGACGGCGAGCUGUACUUCGCUUCACCCCCGAAGACGACUCACAAAAGCUGGAAACGGUUCGAAAAACACAUCAAGGAGUAUCAACGACGGACCCUUACCGUUCAAGCUGUGUGUGAGACGAUGAAUGCUAAGCUGCGUAACGCUCAAAUCAAGAAGCUGAAGAAGCAUGCUGGGAAGAAAAAGUCGGAGUUGCCGCUAGUACCCAAAGCUUUCGACCCGUAUCAGCGAGUGUACAUUUGUACCCACGGCUGGAAGAUGCGCAUCCGCUCCAGAGGGCUUCGCCCAUCUCACCGAUUGAAGUACACGGGCUGUCAGAUGCGCUUCAGGGCUCCAGCGGUUCAGGGACCAGACGGUGUGUGGCAUAUUGAGGUAAAACACGCGUUUUACGGACACAAUCACGAAGUGUCAGAAGCCGUGUACCGUGGGUACCCGAUGGUUCGGAAAAUUCCUGAGGGUUCGCCUAUUUUGCGUGACGUGGAGCUGAUGGUCGCCAGUGGGAGCAAGCCAAGCCGGGUUUACGACUACAUUCGCACCAACUCUCCGCACGAAGUCCAGAAGCAGGAUGUUUACAACAUGAUUGCCAAGAUGAAGAAAUCUGGUGAGCAUUGUGUGUACUGGUACGACUUUAUUACUGAACAUAUUGUCUAA